AUUUCCCAUAAACAAAAACUAAAAACUUCCAAGAGUUGGAAGUUUGGAACCCUUGAGUCCUUAACCUACUCUCAAUCUCUCACGCCAGAAUCACAUCAAUCUUCCUCCCCCCAAAACCUCUCGUAAUCCCGCGGUUCCCACAAAUGGUGAUACUGUAGAAAGGAACAAUAUGCUCAGCUUGGAAUUACAGCGCUCAAAGAUUUCCUACUUGUUCAAUCAAUGGUCUUCUCACCAUCUUUGAUUCUCCUGACGCUGCUUCCUCUUCUCCCUUCUCUCCUUCUUCCUCUUUUCAGGUACAUGAGGGUAGCAUUGUGAAGGUCGCAUGGGUUCCUCCAGAGUAUGGAGAUGCCAUCGCGUGCAUUUUGGAUGAUGGGACAUUAUCAUUGUGGGAAGAAGUUAGGAGAUGCUGCUUUACAAGCCUUAACAGGAAGAUGGGGGAAUUACUUGAGAUCCUUGUGGCAACAGCUGGGAAGGACUACCUGUAGAAAUUCUCGUAUUGUUGGCAUAACAUUGGCAACUAUGGAUUUGAUUGGUCAGUUGUCUGGAGACUUGCAACUUUGUCAGAACUCCGAAUUCUGGAUCCUAUAACCAAAGGCUAUGUAGGUCCUCUACCUCCAAGUAUCGGGCCUGCAAGUAUCAGGCUUACAAACUUGUGAGAAGCUUAGAUAUUUCUCUUAUAAUGUCAACAUUCAAACCUUUUGUACUGCUUUUUCUUAACUACUAACUUUGUAAUGUUAACAACUGGCAAGGCUUACAAACUACUAACAUUCAAACCCAUUUCUUCCUGCAUUUGUGAUUUCACAAAAUUCACACAUGACUUUUGAUUGCCCUAUCACAUUGGUGUCUUAGUGUUCUCGCCAAUCGGAAAUGCUUGAAUGUGGCUAUUACGUCAUGAAGUACAUGUGUUAAAUAGUUUUACUUGGAUUACAAAGUAUUGGUAAUCUGGAAGAGGUACGUGUAUUUUUUUGUUAUUAUAGCUUUAUUGAUCAUUUUUUACUACGCGUUAGCUUUUAUCAAAACUUACUAAUAAUAAUAAAUUAUUUUGUUGAAGUAUAGAUAUUUUCUCCAAUCUCGUACACUCAAGAAGAGAUCGAUGAUGUUCGAAAAAAAUGGAGCAGAUAUUUUAUUAGUAGUUGUUUGUAGUCAUUUUCUAGUUUUCAGAGAUAGAAAACUAUAACAAGUUGUAGGUUAAUUUUUUGGAAUACAUUAUUUAUAGUUGUUGAACCAAAUUUCUUGUUUGAAUUAAUACAAAUUCUUUUUACAA